AUCUUGAUAGCGGUGUGUUGGGGGAAAAGCAUGCAGUCGGCCAUGUUUGACCUACAUAAUCUCUGAAAUCACAUCGAAUAUGUAAGCGUGGACCCAUAGUUUAUUAGAUAAUCAGAUGGGCAGUACAAGCAGCAUGCAGAGGCAUCCUCCUCGCAAAACUGCUGAUGCAGCAAAUUCUAGCCCAGGCGAUACUUGUAAUCAACCGGUGAAUAACCUAUCUAAAACACAGUCUGAUCGAGGAGGAACUGAUAUCACUCAGAAACCAACAGUAAACUCUGUACCUUCUCGCGUGGAUACGGAGGCUGAAAUGAAGAAACUGCGGGAAGAUGCUUCACAUUUAAAUUCGGAAUUUGACGAAAUUGACACUCUUAUUCAAGAACUUAAAGCUGAUGCUUUCACGAAGACUGGGAAAUAUUCAAGGAUCUACAACUGGACAUCUCUGGGCUUCGAGGACUACGCUGAUACGGACCGUCGUAAGCUCGGUGAAUACUUAGCGGUAUCUGACACUGCUGAAGUGUUGAAUGCAGUAUUUGACACACUGCUGAAAUCAAUGGGGUUUACAUGUAUGUGGCCUAUAAAGAUGGACUUUGAAGACGCGACGCAGCUUCUUGUUGCUCAAAAGUUAUCCAUGAUCCGAAUGAUUGUGUGGAACAAUACGGAUGGUAGUCUCAGUUUUGCUGAAAAGGUGAGCAAAGCUGGGAUGCUGAAAUAUUUCGUGGAAGAUUUAAAACAGAUGGAUGUGGAAGAUGCCGCCGAUGAUGACCAGGAGCUUGACAACACAUUUGAAGCGGCCAUUUCCAUCCUCCAGAACUGCUCAAGGAACCCUGCGACCAGACAACAUCUUCGGGAACUCGGGACAGUUUCCGUCCUGCUGCCGUAUCUCAAGUGCAGGUCAGAUGAGGGUAAGCUGCAGACUCUGUUUACUCUUGCCAACAUCGUGGACGAAACAGAAAGUGAACAUCUUCUGGCUGACAAAACCGUGAUUGAUCAACUGUUCGAUAUACUGAAGGAAGCAUGGGCGGAUGAGGAACACCGCUAUAUUGGUUUCAGUGUGGAGGAGAUAGUGGAUGGGAUGACCGGUUUAGCCAAAAAUGACACCAACAAGAAGGUCCUGCGGGAAAAGGGAGCCGUUCCUAUACUUACAGAGAUUAUGAAAUUUGGAUCGGACGAAGAGAAAGAGUAUGCCGUGAAAUGUAUAUGGGAACUGUCUUUUGAUAAAACUAACAAGGAAAUAUUCAAUGAAAAUAAAGAGUUGCAACAGCUACUUCAGGAACUCAAGUCAUCCUCUCGUACCGGCGUUUCUAAAGCUGCAGCUGGAGCAUUGUGGGUGCUAGCUAUGGAGGAAAACAAUAAUACAACAUUAACAGGGGGUCACGAAGGGAGGAGUGGGUCAUAUGGAGGUCAUGUGAUGAUCAGUUACCAGUGGACAGACCAGAAGCUGGUGCUGAAGAUCAAGGAAUCACUGCGCCAGAAAGGGUACAAGAUCUGGAUGGAUGUUGAUCACAUGGAGGGGUCCACGCUGCAGGCGAUGGCGGAGGCCGUUCAGAACGCUUCUGUGGUGUUGGUGUGUAUGUCGGAGAGGUACAAGCUGAGUCAGAACUGCAGGUCAGAGGCUGAGUAUGCUUUCUCGUUGGAGAAGAAGAUUGUCCCUCUUCUGAUGCAGAGGGCGUAUAAACCAGACGGGUGGUUGGGUAUGAUUAAAGGGACAAAACUCUUCUUCGACUUCAGCGGAAAAUACCCGUAUGAUCAGAAAAUGGCAGAUCUUGCGAAGGAGCUUGGUGAACAUGGGAAGACUCAGCCGCUCACUGAUGAAAUUGAUGGUGAGACUAAGAUAGUUCCCGUUGUGAAAGCAGCUCCCCUUGCCGCUGCAAGAGGUCGGUCACUUGCUGACUGGUCAGUGAAGGAUGUCCAGAAUUGGCUCACGAAGACAGGAUUAACAAAUGACUCGUUGCUACGUAAAAUGACUGGGGAUGAUCUAUUGUUUCUGCGUGAAGUAUCUCACAGGGCACCCGAGUUUUACUUCAACUAUCUGCUGACUAAUCUUCAGCUGCCCUUUGAUGACCUCAAAAAGUUCAGCAGAGCUGUUGACAAGCUGUGAAUCAUUAUCCCAACUGUGUGAAGUUUUGGAUCUAAUGUAUAUUACAUUACAAACUCUCAGAUGUAUCACUGGACGAAUACGUGGCAUAGGUUGACUUGCAGAUAGUAAUACAUGCCUGUGUAAUUGACAUUGUGUCUGCUGCAUAUGACAACCUUCAAAGUCAGUUUAAUCAUGUUUGAUGUAGUACAAACAUAUGUACCUCAAAUCCCCGACCCCCACAACUACUAAACCCACCCCUACCUCUACCCCACCCCCCUAUCCUGCAAGUUGGCAGUUCAGCAGCCAAUCUAUCCGUUACAUAACAGCCUUUUAUGCAAAUUUGUGAUGAUAUCGCUAGCGAUCUGUCUUAUGCUUAUUGAAAUGACUUCGUUCUUGAUAAUAUUCGUUUAGAUGUUGAAUCUACGAUCAUGCAUUCUCACUACAAAUGAAUUAUAACCCUAUUUAUGCAGGAAUUUUGCAGGGAUUCAUCUGUAGUGUAGUAAGAAGUUUGACUUGAGAUGGUAAAUGUACCAGAUGGUAAAAUGUUAUAUGAAUGCAUUCUGGUAAUGUGAGAAUCAAACAAUAUGUACAGUACAACCAGAAAUUAUUGAGAAUUAAAAGAUUGUAAUUUUCUUUUCACUCAUUACUCACGUAUUAAUGUGAA